CACGAUCCCCAUCCCGACCCCAUCGUCUUUGCCAGCCCAACCGUCAAGAUGAGCUUCAUCCAGCGUCGCGCCCUCUCCACCCUGAUCCCCCCCAAGAUCGCAUCUCCCAAUGCUAUCGGCGCAUCCCCCAAUGCCGUCCGCAUGCAGAAGGUCGUGAGCUUCUACGAGAAGCUCCCCCGUGGUGCUGCUCCUGAGGUCCAGGCCAAGGGUCUCCUUGGACGCUACCAGAAGAAGUACAUGGGCAAGAACGCUUCAGGCAGGCCGCUCGUCCACAUCAUCGGCGCCCUCAUUGCCCUCGGCUACGCACAAAACUACUACUUCCACCUGCGCCACCACAAGAACAACGUCCACCACUAAGCGUAUCUCACCUAUGAUUCGAUCUGAGCGUUACGGUUGGGACGUGUAAAUAUAGAUGUAGUUGAUCAAUCAAGAUCUGGCCAGUGCAGCCUCCCGUCCCUAAUUCCUGACUCGGUCGAUGUGGAUCGAACUGCAGCUUGGAACUAUCUGGACUACUCUACGACCCUCGCUUGACAACAGCAACAGCAACAGCAACAGCAACAGCAACAGCAACAGCAACAGCAACAGCAACAGCAACAACAACAUCAACAUCUCAAUCAUGUGGAGGACGAACCAAAAUCACCUAGCUACAAGAGCGUCUUGCCCAGUUUGCAGGAGUGACGACGUCCACGAAACAGUCAGACUGCACAGUCACAUGUUUGGCCAGCCUUGACUACUUCAGAGUCAAGCCCUAGCACCUUCAGCGACUAGAUCAUUA